GAGAGAUGCGUUGCACGCUAUAUAUGUAUGUCACGGAGGUGCUGGUGUGCUCGUCGCUCGGAUACCCGUGUACGCGAGCUGGACUGUUGAAAUAUUGAUAGAGCGCCGCUGUGACGUUGCCUCCUCGCGCCGGGAUGACGCGCGAGUGACUCGGGACCGGGCCCGAUCUCGCGCGGACGCCCUGGACGGCGACUAGAAAAUGCGCGGUCGCCCUCGUCGCGGUACAUACGUGUUGCAAGUGAGCCGAGCUCGCGAUGGACGCGGCCAUGUUUCCUGCUAGCAGAAAUCCUGUCCAUUAGUGACUCGCGCUGAUCGCUGUGCCACCGGAAGAGCGGAGCGUGCAGAAUGCCGAAAUGCGAUGUGAAGACGAGGUAUCUGCCAGCUACAUUCGCGUGGACGAUCCUACUUGGCACCACGGCGCUCUUCUUCAUCUUCCCGUCGAACUACUUUGUCUCUCGAUGGGGUCUGUGGGUACCGGCUCUCCAAGGAGUCAUCACCUUCUUCGUGGUGAUCAACUUUUCACUGGCGACCUUUAUGGAUCCCGGUGUUAUACCAAAAGCGCCUCCUGAUGAAGAUCGGGAGGAUGACUUCCGUGCUCCAUUGUACAAGAGCGUGGAGAUCAACGGCAUUACUGUACGCAUGAAGUGGUGCGUCACCUGUAAAUUUUAUCGACCUCCACGUUGCUCACAUUGCAGCGUCUGCAAUCAUUGUAUCGAGACGUUUGACCAUCACUGCCCAUGGGUGAACAACUGCAUUGGUAGGAGGAACUACAGAUACUUCUUCUUUUUUCUUCUAUCGCUCAGUUUUCAUAUGAUGAGUAUAUUUGGGCUCUGUCUAUAUUACUUGCUGCAGCAUAAAGAGCAGCUGAGUGAAGUGAACACUAUCAUUGCACUCGUGCUUAUGGGAGUGGUAAUGCUCUUAUUCAUUCCAAUUAUUGGACUGACCGGCUUUCACGUAGUCCUCGUUUCCAGAGGACGUACCACGAACGAACAGGUAACAGGCAAAUUUAACGGAGGCUACAAUCCCUUUUCUCGUGGUUGUCUGCGCAAUUGCUGUUACACACAAUUUGGACCACAAUACCCAAGGUAUUGCAAGGAGCCAAGUUUACUUAAACCUGAUAAGUAUUCAGGGAAGCGACGUGGAGCGUGUGCAUCAGAGAUAUCUACUAUAGGCAGUGAGAACCAGGUAAAGACCUACAUGGAUAGCAGCAAUGGUGUUAGAAAUGCCAGUUCAAAUGCUUACAAUAAGUUAUCUCCCGGACGAGACGGAUCCGAUACAGAUAUGGAACCAACAGCGUCUCAGUCUGCAGAUUGCGAACCCACACCACCAUUGCAAAGACACGGUUCCAAAAGCAAUUUCUUCCUGCCACCUGUGGAGAACAACGAGUCUCCCAGGCAUCCUCCGCCGUCGCAGCAUCGCCAUCCAAUACAUUAUCCUAGAGGCAGUCCACAUCCAAGGCCAAGAGGGAUGAACGGAUCUCGAAGUCAUACACCCGAUCCGUUAUCACCAGAGACAAGUGGUUCUCCCGCCACGGUCCCUCAACGUCAAGGUGGCGCCAGUCCGACGAUGCAACAACGUAUCAAAGCUAUUGGAGUACCUACUCCGCUUGCCAUAUCCAGCCCUAUACGAAGAUCAAACCCGGGUACACCGACGCAGGUUCGUCGGCCGGAUUUCAUAGGCGUGAACGAAGCGCCGACAUAUUACGAUGUACAGCAGGGAAAUAAUACGGGAGUUGCCGGUUCCGUUGUUACUGGCUACAGUCCGCAGCGGCGUUUCCUGUCGGAGAGCGAGCUUGUGCGACAGGGCACCGAUCAUCCGUAUUCGAGAACCAACAAUACGGUCGAUAACAUACGCGAGCUGGCAGGUUCGCCGCAACGCGGUGUUUACAUGUGGAAAGACAACUCACCCGGCAGCUAUCCAGGUCCACCUGGAGGAGCGGUGAGCGGCGCGCCGCAUCAGUCGCCCUCCCAUCGACCACCCCCGCCGUAUGAUUACUAUCGCUCUAAUCCCACAAGCCCGACCCAGCAGUCGCAAUACGCGACGAACGCUCCUAGGGCAGCAUACCAUCCAGCCAUGAGGGGUGGAGUGCCAGUCUUCCCGCCGCAUCAGCCGCACCAGUCGCCACAGGUCAAGCGGAAAGUGACUACGAUGGCGACACCCACCACACCGACCUCGGGAGAUGCACGGCGUCGACCAAUGUCCUUUGUAAGAGCCCUGGAGAUGACUGAUUCCAUGGAAAUGGUUUCAGCGCCCAACGAUCCGAGGUCACAGAGACCGACUACACCGACACCAGACCGGGCAAGUGUAUACGAUAUGAACUAUGAGAUAUCCGUAUAGCCCACCUUUCCGGUCUCCGCACCAUCCUGCGGCUGGACGGAGAUUUUACGAGAGCCGCCAAAUAGUUUGCACGUCUUACGCUCCAACGAGGAAAGGAUGUAUGCCGUUUACGAGAUAUCCGUCUGAAUUCUUCCGCGAUCGAUGCACUUACACACAAUUUAAUGUUGCACGUGGGCAGUAAACGCAAACCGCGGCUGGUUUUUCAGUUUCGUUUAUCGCCGGUGGGAUUGCCGUUAUACUUGAAACACGAGCAUCGGACUUGCCGUAGCGAUCAGGAUAUAUGCGAUGUGCAUAUCUGAUAAAUUACCAUGAGUGAUGUGUGUGCGCGCGCACGUGUGCGCGAAUCAUAUCACGAUGAACAGUAUAUAGCAUUCAUUCUCGGCGAGGAAGUCGGUCCGUCAACAUAUAUAAUUCGUUGUGAAUUCGCAUGAAACAGUAAGUACGCGACGUAAUUCUUCUUUUUUCUUUUAUUCUUCUCUCGGCAUUGGAAUCUUACGACAGUAGUCUUGCAUUUUACGCAAGGCGCACCAACGACACACACAAGCGUCGUUCUCGUACAACGGUUGUAAUCCUGUUGUAUUAGUAAUAUCAUUGGUUUAAUUAUUGUUAAUAAGAAAUAGAUUCCAUGUGCAUAACAGCGAAAUAUAUUCGUUACGUCGAGAAUAAAAGCGUUCGGCCCGACUGACGAUCCGAAUUAACGAGUCACGGAGGCGUCAACGAAAGUAUAUCCCGAGCGCACAGAGGUUGACCUUUAUUGAACCAUCACCGAUAAUCGGUCCUCUCGCUUGACAGAAACAAUUAUAUUUUUUAGUACAUGUUUAAGGUCAGUUUAGAUUUUUAUACAAUGACACCGUGACUCAUCCUCCUGUAGAAUGCGAUAAUCCAAUGUCAUCCCUUCUUUUCUCUUUUUUCUCGUUCAUAUCUCCAUUGCCGAUAAGAAAUACAUGAUUUGAUAAAUAAGAGGAGUACUAAGGAUCCUUUGUUAAAUCCUAGCUCUUCAGAUACCGGAGGAGUCCGUGUCCAUUGAAAAUGAAAAAAAAGGAGUUACUUAACCCACUUAAGUCAUUAUCGGGGUAGAAUAACAUCUGUGUAAAAUAAUCGUGGAAUAUGUAGCAAAUUUUUAAUAUACAUAUUUAACAAUAUUUAUACGUAAAUGAUAAAAAAAAAUAUAAGACUUUAUAAUUUGACUUGUUUGUUAUGAAUGAUGAUUUUAUCGAUGUGCCCACUAACAUGUUUUAUUUCUAUGUAAAGGAUUCGCAGAGGAGAAUAUGUGAAAAAGAGAGGAAAAAAGUAUGAGUGUACAAAUGUGAAGAAUGAAUGAGAAGAAUGCAUUUUCGAGAGAGUGGAAAAUACAGUUCUAGUUUUCUCAAAUGUAUACAGGAGUAGCUGUUCAGAUGCGCGAACGUAAAAUAAAAACUAUUUUGAUUUUAUUAACAAAAGAAAAAGAGAGAAUUGUAAUAUACGCAUUGCAUAAAUCCACUGCUGCAUUUAUCGCUGCUGUUAAAUUUGUGAUAUAUCCCGCUUUUGAAAUUGCAUGAUGGUUUCUCUAUCGUGUAUAUGUAUAGGAAGGCCAACAAUUAUCGGCUAUAAAUUACAUUGCUGCAACGCGGUAAUUUAUUGAAUUUUGCGUACGCACUCAAUCCACGACGGAUUGCGCAGAAAUUGAGUGUUACUCGACACAUAUCAUUUUGACGUCAGACAUCGAAUAUUUUUUAGAUUGAAACAAAAACUGCAUUUGGCAUAACGAUUGCUUGACUAUGAUAUUAUAACGAUUUUAAGCAUUUCUUCCUUAUCUCUUGAUAAGCUACAUUUAGGAUUCGUUUUGCAGACUCGUUUUGUUUCCGUAUUGAAAUAAUGAAAAUUGUGCCAAAAUUCCUCCGUACUUUCCAAUCAUGUAGUCUUGCUUAAAAUAGCAUUUACUGAGACAACGGUACAACGUUACGAAUUGACUAAGGUAAUAAUGUGUAAGGUAUGGCGAGUGUUAAGUGUUUAUAAUUCGGUGUAUUUGUACAUAAAUAUUGCUCGUUACUUCUAUCACUUAAAUGUACAUACAUAUAUCAUUCGGUACUUACGUAUCGCCGCAGCAAUUUACAGAAUAAAAAUCAUGAAACAUAGUAAAUAA